AUGCGUUCUUUCGCUACUUUCGCCGCUGCUGCUGCCCUCCUCUCCACAGCCUCUGCUGCCCCCGGCUGGGCUGACUGGAUGAACCCGGGCAAAUGCCUAAACGGCGCCUCUGCGCAAUACCUCGUCAGCGGCUUUGGCAGUCUCAUCUCCAACUACAGCACCGCCGUGGCCGACGAGAUCUUGGCCGAUGACCUUGUCGACUGGUCCGACAGCAUCAACGAGCUUGCCGGUCAGCCACUUGGGCAGCCUACCUUCCCCAGCAAGGCUGCUUUCGAAGCUGGCCAGGGGGCUCAACCGAAGGUGCCAUUCAACCUCAUGGCAAUCGAUGCCGUCACUUGCGACACUAUUGCCUUGAGAUGGAACACCACCAUCCCACCCAACACAGUCAAGGGCAUCACCAUCCUGAAGGCCGAGAACUCCCAAGGAAAGGCAGAUACGUGGCAAAUCAAGACCAUCUACACGGAAUUCAACAGCAUCGCCUGGUUGGAAGACAUUGGUGGCAACUGCACUGCCCCUCAACACUAG